AUGCCUCAACUCUUUCCUUCCAAUCCAUCGGAGACGAUGGUGAUCCGUGACAUCACUCCGAACAUGGUCACGAUGAGUCUUCCAUUCGCACGCUUCGGUAUCGUUCGUUUUGGUGGCCGUGGAACCCUCGUCAAGCUUGCCUCGGGCUCUCUCGCCGUCUUCUCGCCCGUCAAUCUCACGCCGGAAGUUCGUUCAAAGAUCGACUCCCUCGGCGGAAACGUCAAGUACAUCGCUGCCCCAGAUCUCGAGCACCACUUACACGUGGGCUCAUGGAAGGAGGCUUUCCCGCAAGCAUCCAUUCUCGCACCGGAGGGUCUUUAUGAGAAACGUCAAUCCAGCAAGUACAACGAUCCUCCCUUCGAACACGUCUUUAGGAAAGACAAGCCGCAGUCCAUCUCGGAGGAAUUCGAUGCCGAGUUUGAAUGUGAAUAUGUGCACGGACAUGGAUCGCGCGAAUUGGUCUUCUUCCAUCGUCCGACCCGGACCGUCAUCGAGGCCGAUCUGUUGUUCAAUUUGCCGGCGAAGGAACAGUAUUCACGGACCCCCGAGCGCAGCUCGAUGAAUUUCUGGACCAAGUUGGCAUCUUCGGUCAUGAACACGGAGGGCUCCGCGAUGGGUCAGCGGCGAUUUGCAUGGUAUCUGCUGUCGGCGAAGGAUCGGCCCGCCUUCACCGAGUCGAUGAAGCGGAUCAAUACGUGGGACUUUGAUCGUCUGAUUCCGUGCCAUGGCGAUGUGAUUGAGACGGGUGGAAAGGGUGUAUUCCAAAAUGUGAUGGCAUGGUUCUUGCAAGAUGGGAAGAAGCGCUCUUGA